GACGCCCGCUGAGAGCAAGCGCAACGGACGUCUGCGUUGGUGACGCCAGGGAGCGUGAGGACGUGGUGCUUCCGUGAAUGCGCAGUGGGUGCGUCGGCCACGACCUUUUGGCCAGGUUAGGGAGGGGGCGACGCUGAGAUGGGGGCGGCGGCGGCGGAAGCGGAUCGGACUCUCUUUGUGGGCAACCUUGAAACGAAAGUGACCGAGGAGCUCCUUUUCGAGCUUUUCCACCAGGCUGGGCCAGUAAUAAAGGUGAAAAUUCCAAAAGAUAAGGAUGGUAAACCAAAGCAGUUUGCGUUUGUGAAUUUCAAACAUGAAGUAUCUGUUCCUUAUGCAAUGAAUCUACUUAAUGGAAUCAAACUUUAUGGAAGGCCUAUCAAAAUUCAAUUUAGAUCAGGAAGUAGUCAUGCCUCGCAAGAUGUCAGUUUGUCAUAUCCCCAGCAUCAUGUUGGAAAUUCAAGCCCUACCUCCACAUCUCCUAGCAGCAGGUACGAAAGGACUAUGGAUAACAUGACUUCAUCAGCUCAGAUAAUUCAGAGAUCUUUCUCUUCUCCAGAAAAUUUUCAGAGACAAGCAGUGAUGAACAGUGCUUUGAGACAAAUGUCAUAUGGUGGAAAAUUUGGUUCUCCACCUCUGGAUCAAUCAGGAUUUUCACCAUCAGUUCAAUCACACAGUCAUAGUUUUAACCAGUCUUCAAGCUCUCAGUGGCGCCAAGAUACACCGUCAUCACAGCGUAAAGUCAGAAUGAAUUCUCAUCCCUACCUAGCAGAUAGACAUUAUAGCCGGGAACAGCGUUACACUGAUCAUGGCUCUGACCAUCAUUACAGAGGAAACAGAGAUGAUUUCUUCUAUGAAGAUAGGAAUCAUGAUGGCUGGAGCCAUGACUAUGAAAACAGAAGAGACAGUAGUAGAGAUGGAAAAUGGCGUUCAUCUCGACACUAACGUGUUAAAAGGACAUUGUUUUUAUAGGGUCAUUUUAGGCCCUUCGACUAAGUUGAUACGGAAAUACUUUGUUGAAAAACUGUACAGAGCAGCUUUACAAGUUGUCACAUUUCUUUAUACAUUUUUUUAAAGCUACAAUUUAAUACAAAAUGAAUUAUGGUUUUAUUACAUUAAUAACCUUUCACCUCAGGGUUUUAUGAAGAGGAAAGGGUUUUAUGCAAAAGAAAGUGCUACAAUUCCUAAUCAUUUUAGACACUUUAGGCGGGAGUGAAGUUGUAUGAUAAAGCAGAUAUUUGAAUUAUUUGUUAUCUUUUUGUAUUGCAAGAAAUUUCUUGCUAGUGAAUCAAGAAAAUGUCCACGUUGACAGUCUGCAAUGGCUACUGGUAUUUUGUUAAUUCAAAAAUAUAACUUUUCAGUGAUUCAUUUUACUAACAUUCUAUUUGAGAAGACUUAUUGGUAAAGUUUGGGGAUAAAGGCAUUGCUUAACUUCUUAGAUAAUUUAGGUAUAAAUUCUGUGACAUGCUCUUGAGCUUUACCCUAGUUGAAGAUACAUGUGUAGACCUAAACAUACUGUUUCACUCUAAAAUUUAGAAAUUGCUCAUUAAAUCACAUUGGAGGUAUAAGUCACUCAGGAAGUUAAAAUAUCUCUACAUGUAUAUUUUUACCUUAAAAAAUAUACCUAUAAAAAAAUACAGUGUUAGCAUAAAUCCCCUUUUCAGGAAGAACAAAAGUGUCAGUGCAUAGUUAGAUAAAAUGGUAAAAUGUUUUACUGAAAGCAUACUUUUUCGGAAAAAAGAUUCAUGGAGCCUUUAAGUGCUGCCUCUGUCAGUCAAACGUUAAAAACUUUUAACAUUUUCAAAGUGCCCAGGAUGUGUACAAAGACACAUGUAAUGGAGAUUGUACAGGUUUUUCUUUUUGUUUGAACCUUUGAAAGAAUUUAAUCUCAACGUUUUCUAAUUUUAAAAAUUUAAAAUCUUGUUUAACAAAAACUUUUAAUGUAUUAAGAUACUGUUUUCAUUUCAUUACAGAAUUGUUUAUAAAAGUUCAUUCUAUGAAAAAUAAGGAUCCUUUUUAAUACCACAGCAUUUGUACUGUUCCUUUUUAAUAUACUGAAAAUAUAAAAGGAAGGGUGUGUGUUAUUUUUUUUUAUGUCACUGACUUCAGAGACAUUGUAUACAAAGAAUUACCAACAUACUUUUAUUCACUAAUUGCCUGCUGUUUAGAAUGUCAGUUCUUUAAUUUUGAGCAUCCUGAAAUACAUCUUUUGUACAUACAGAGCAUGAUGUUUCAGAAUAGAUUUUCAGUGACCCCUCGAUUGUAGUUUGGAGUACUUUAGUUACCCUCAGUGGUCUCUAGGAGUUAAAGUACACUUAGAUUUCCUGUUUAUAAAUGAAUUCAGUUUUUCUGUAUCUAAGUAAAUGGAGCUAUUCAACUACUCAGUAUAGAAUUAAGAUAAACAAUUUGUUUGCUUAAGCAAUUUCACAGAAUUUGUCUCCAAUGAGAUUAUUAUUUUUGGGUAUCUUAUCUAUAUGAAAACUUAGUAGGUUUGUAGAUGUUAACAAAGAUUAAUACUGCAUGUUUGUUUUUGUUUGUUUGUUUGAGACAGUCUUGCUAUGACACCCAGGCUAGAGUGCAAUGGCGGGAUCUCAGCUCACUGCAACCUCCACUUCCCAGGUUCAAGUGAUUCUCCUGCCUCAGCCUCCUGAGUGGCUGGGAUUACAGGCACCCACCACCAUGCCCGGCUAGUUUUUGUAUUUUUAGUAGAGGUGGGGUUUCGCCAUAUUGGCCAGGCUGGUCUCAAACUCCUGACCUCAAGUGAUCCACCUACCUCGGCCUCCCGAAGUGCUGGAAUUAAAGGCGUGAGCCACUGUGCCCGGCCUAAUACUGCGUUAUUACAACUUUAUCUGUGGGUCAGAUCCUUUCAUAUUGGUUAACCGAUGACCCUGACUCAGAAUAAUCUUUUUCAAUGGCGUUUUGAGGGAAGCUUGUGAAGUUCCAGUGAAUCUUCUUUUUCACUUCACUUUCAGUGAGCUGAAAGUAACCAAACUAAAUACAUGUAUUGCGUAAAGAACAGGACAAGACAGCCUUAAAAAAUUGAAUAUAGUUGGUGAGACAACUCCUAAGUACAGGUUGAGCAUCCCUUAUCCAAAAUGCUUGGGAAGUGUUUUGGGUUCUGGAAUAUUUGCUUUAAUGCUUGUCGGUCGAGCAUCCCAAGUCUGAAAAUCCAGAGUGCUCCUAUGAGCAUUUGCCUUGAGUGUCACAUCUGUGUUGGCACUCAAGGAGUUUUAUAUUUCGGAGCAUUUCAGAUUUCAGAUUUGGGAUGCUCCAUCUAUUUCAAGAGCUGCAAGAACAGAAAGGAAGAAAUUAUUUUUGUGGGAGAAUAGUUUCUCCCAGAGUGUUUCCCGUGGAACGCUAGUCUCAAAAGGUGUUCUAAAAAAAAAAAAAAAAAAAAUCAAAUGCGUGGAAGCCA